CUGCUAAAAUUCUCAUCCUAUUACUAUAUAUUUCCUCCUCCUUGUUCACUGCCAAACUAGCUUAACCCUUGGCCUUUAUCAAUGCCUAAAAGCACCCAGUAAUACCACUCAAAAAAACCUUCAGCUAUUGUUCUCAAUGGGUUUUUUAGUGCCUUCUCCAGUCUUCUGCCCCCGUGCCAUUGUUCUUCUUCUCUUGUGUCUCACGUCCUCUGCCUUGUCAAUCGACAGGAAUGAGACCGACCGACUAGCCUUGCUGGAUUUCAAGUCCAAAAUGACCCGUGAUCCUCUUGGAAUCAUGCGCUUGUGGAAUAGCAGCAUCCACUUCUGCCAGUGGUUCGGUGUCACAUGCAGUCAGAAGCACCAAAGGGUGACGGUGCUGGAUCUGCGGUCCCUUAAACUCUCAGGUUCCGUAUCACCAUAUAUUGGCAAUCUGAGCUUUUUAAGAGAGAUAUACCUUCAAAACAAUAGCUUCAGUCAUGAAAUCCCAGCGCAAAUUGGCCACUUGCAUAGAUUGCAAAUACUAUUACUGCAUAAUAAUUUUCUUACUGGUGAAAUUCCUGCUAGUAUAUCUAGUUCCUAUAACCUCGUUUCACUCAAAUUAGCAAACAACAAGCUGAUAGGAGAAAUUCCAAAGGAGUUUGGCUCCUUCUUGAAGCUCAGAAACCUCUCUCUAGCAGGCAACAACCUUACAGGAACUAUCCCUCCAUCUUUAGGGAACAUAUCAUCCCUCCAGACACUAUGGCUAAAUGAUAAUAAGUUGUUUGGGAAUCUCCCUGCUACUUUAAGCAAAUUGGUAAACCUCAGGAUUUUGUCAUUGUUUAAUAAUAGAUUUUCAGGUACCAUACCUCCCUCCAUGUUCAAUCUCUCUUCAUUAACGGCUUUUGAAGUAGGGCUUAACCAUUUCCACGGCAAUCUCCCCCCUGAUCUGGGCAUUUCCCUUCCAAAUCUUGAAUUCUUUUCCAUCCAUUCUAACCAAUUCACUGGAAGUGUUCCUGUUUCAAUAUCCAAUUUAUCAAAUCUUGAAAUGCUACAGUUAAACCAAAACAAGCUUACAGGAAAAAUGCCUUCACUGGAAAAGCUACAAAGGCUUCUUUCAAUAACCAUUGCCUCUAACAAUCUGGGAAGUGGGGAUGCCAAUGACUUGAGCUUUCUCUCCUCCUUGACCAAUGCCACAAACCUAGAGGAAUUGAUUAUAACGCAAAAUAACUUUCAAGGACAGCUGCCUCCACAAAUCAGCAAUCUGUCAACUACACUGGAAAUCAUGGGCCUAGACAGCAAUCUAUUAUUUGGGAGCAUCCCUGAUGGAAUAGAGAAUCUCAUCAGCUUGAAUGAUUUUGAAGUACAAAACAACCACCUUUCAGGUAUCAUUCCUUCUACCAUUGGGAAGCUUCAAAAUCUAGAAAUAUUGGAUCUUGGAUUGAAUAAUUUUUCAGGGCAUAUUCCAUCCUCUCUAGGAAACCUGACAAACUUAAUUGGACUCUAUUUAAAUGACAUUAAUGUUCAAGGCAGCAUCCCUUCAAGUCUAGCAAAUUGCAACAAUUUGUUAGAGUUGGAUCUUUCUGGAAACUAUAUAAGCGGAAGCAUACCCCCUGAAAUAUUUGUACUAUCCUCUCUGUCAAUUAAUCUUGAUUUAUCACGAAACCAUUUGUCUGGCUCCCUACCAAAGGAAGUAGGAAAUUUGGAAAAUCUAGGAAUUUUUGCUAUUUCUGGGAAUAUGAUAUCAGGUACGAUUCCUAGUAGUCUUGGACAUUGUACAAGUCUGCAAGUCUUGUACUUGGAUGCCAACUUUUUUGAAGGUUCCGUCCCUUCCUCCUUGAGUACCCUGAGAGGCAUUCAAGAAUUCAAUUUUUCUCAUAACAAUUUGUCAGGGAAAAUUCCAGAAUUUUUCCAAGAUUUCAGGUCCUUGGAAAUUUUGGACCUAUCUUAUAAUAAUUUUGAAGGGAUGGUACCUUUUAGAGGAAUUUUCAAGAACGCAACAGCAACUUCAGUCAUUGGGAAUAGCAAGCUAUGCGGUGGCACACCUGAUUUUGAGCUUCCUCCAUGCAAUUUCAAACACCCGAAGAGGUUGAGCCUAAAAAUGAAGAUAACAAUCUUUGUGAUUUCCUUGCUUCUAGCGGUGGCAGUACUUAUCACUGGUUUAUUUCUUUUCUGGUCAAGAAAGAAAAGAAGAGAAUUCACUCCAAGCUCUGAUGGGAAUGUGCUAUUGAAGGUGUCUUAUCAAAGUCUCCUAAAAGCUACAAAUGGAUUCUCCUCGAUCAAUUUAAUUGGUACUGGCAGCUUUGGCUCUGUCUAUAAAGGAACUCUUGAUCAUAAUGGAAUAGCUGUUGCAGUCAAAGUGCUUAACCUAACGCGUCAAGGAGCUUCUAAGAGUUUCAUGGCUGAAUGUGAGGCUCUGCGGAACGUCAGACAUCGAAAUCUAGUUAAGGUAGUGACAGCAUGUUCAGGUGUUGAUUAUCAUGGGAAUGAUUUCAAGGCUUUGGUGUAUGAAUUCAUGGUUAAUGGGAGUUUGGAAACCUGGCUGCAUCCAAGUCCUGCAACAGAUGAGGUGCGGGGGAUUCUAGAUCUUUCGCAGAGACUAAACAUUGCCAUCGAUGUUGCCCACGCACUUGACUAUCUUCAUCAUCAAUGUGAAAAACAAAUAGUUCACUGUGACCUCAAACCAGGCAAUGUUCUUCUCGAUGACGAAAUGGUUGGCCAUGUUGGUGAUUUUGGGUUAGCAAAAUUCCUUCUCGAAGACACCCUUCACCAUUCGACGAACCCAUCAAGCUCCAUUGGAAUAAGAGGGACCAUUGGUUAUGCUCCCCCUGAGUAUGGUGCGGGAAACGAAGUGUCAGCAUACGGUGAUGUAUACAGCUAUGGCAUACUCUUGCUGGAGAUGUUUACAGGAAAGAGACCAACUGAUGACCUGUUUAAUGGUCUGAACCUUCAUAGCUAUGUCAAGACAUUUUUGCCUGAGAAAGUGUUGCAGAUUGCAGAUCCUACUCUUCCUCAAAUAAAUUUUGAAGGGAAUUCUAUCGAACAAAAUAGAGUUCUUGAGUGCUUGGUCUCAGUAUUUACAACUGGAAUCUCCUGUUCUGUCGAGUCGCCACAGGAACGGAUGGGCAUUGCUGAUGUUAUAGCCCAACUAUUUUCUGCCAGAAACGAACUUCUUGGAACCUGAUUACAUUACAAGAGAACGACGUACCUAGUUCUGUGUAUGCUUGAUGAUGAUGUGAUACACUAUUUAUCUUAGCCUCGAUUUUUUCUUUGAUGAAGAGCCUAUCUAUCUCUACAUACUUUAUCUAAUUAUGUUGCCCUGAAUUGUGAGUUAAUUCUAUAGUUGUCUUGUUGUCAUAAAA